GCACCCGACCCGCAGCAGGCACGGCGGGCAAGGCAGGACCUGGCAGGACCCAGCUCACAUCUUGCCUUCUCCUUCUUCGUCAGUCGCUCACCAGAGCCCAUCCCGCCAGGUGCACCUCCACGCUGCGCUCCCUCCGGCCGACUGACUAGCUCGACUAGCGUGUGACCUGUGUGCAGUGAUACGUGUGUUAGUGCCGAGGACCUCACCGCGUCCUCCCUUGUGUUCGACGCCUCGAGUUCAGUGUCAGUGCUUGUGACAUUGCUACAUGCAGAGAUGGCAGCUGGCCUGACAACUUCUGAGGAUAACGUACAUCAUAGAACGUCUCUUGAUGGCAGUCCCCGCGCUGCAAUGAGGGCUGAGGACGCCGUCCUGCCGUUGCUGACGCCGCCCCACACCCCGACGGGGCCCUCGUCCUCGUCCGCCUCCACGGCCUCCGACAUGACGUCCUCCAGCCCCCGUCACCACUACUCGCCCAACCCCGGCGCCUUCAAGUUCGAGUCCGACGAGCGGGACUCGGACUGCGGCAGCGACGGCGAGCUCUCCCGCCCCGCGCCCAGCAUGCCGUCGCCGGUCAUGUCCACGUCGGCGUUCCGGCCCGUGUCCGAGCUGAGCCGCCGCAUGGACGACCUCAGCGAGCGCGCGCGCCUCGCGCCCUACGUGCUGCCCCCCGGCAUGCAGGCCGGCAUGCAGGCCGGCCACCCGCUGCCCGGCGGGCUGCCCAUGCCCACCGGCAUGCCCACCGGCAUGCCCACCCUGCCCGGCGGGCUGCCCAACGCCUUCCUGCAGAGCCUGCACGCCGCGGCCGCCACCUACCCGCCGCCCCUGCAGGGCUUCCUCAUCAAGCAGUGGAUCCACAACGCCCUGCUGGCGCAGGCCACCGCCGCCGCCGGCCGCACCUUCCCUCCCGUGGUGCCGCCCCACCAGCGCCCCGCCGCCCCCGUGCGCACCGGCCCCGCCCCCGCGAGGCCCGGUGGCGCCGGCACCAGCGGCCCCCGCGCAGGCUCCCGCCCCAAGAAGCAGUUCAUCUGCAAGUUCUGCAACCGCCAGUUCACCAAGUCCUACAACCUGCUGAUCCACGAGCGCACGCACACGGACGAGCGGCCCUACUCGUGCGACAUCUGCGGCAAGGCGUUCCGCCGCCAGGACCACCUCCGGGACCACAGGUACAUCCACUCCAAGGAAAAGCCUUUCAAAUGCGGGUCCUGCGGCAAGGGCUUCUGCCAGUCGCGCACCCUGGCCGUGCACAAGGUCCUCCACCUGGAGGAGUCGCCCCACAAGUGCCCCAUCUGCAGCCGCUCCUUCAACCAGCGCUCCAACCUCAAGACCCACCUGCUGACGCACACGGAGGGCCACCAGGGCGUCGCCGGCGCGGAGCUCGCGGCGCUGCCACCAGGCUUCCCCCAGGACGGCGUCCCCGUGGCCGCCCCCCACCACCCCCACCACCUCACCCCGCACCUCCUGGACCUGUCCGUGGGCUCUGCCACCGCCACGGCCGUGACCACCACGCCGUCACCGCCGCCCAGCAGGAAGAAGGCCGGCUUCACCAUCGCCGAGAUCAUGAACCGGUAACUCCCGCGCCGCCAAGACCACCUCAACGGCCCGACGGGUCCACAAGUUCCUUUUUCUUGCUUUACGAUAAUUUAUUAUCUUUUGCCAAGUUGUUGUUUGUAGGUGUUAGUCGAUUGAUACGAUGACUCGGUCAUCCGUUGGUCCCACCCCACCUGUUCCCACUAGUCCUGACCAUGUAAUUUGUGUCGUGUCGUCCGGAUGUUUUAGUAAACUCUUUUUUGUGAUCAGCGCCGAGUGCGUGUGUGUGCGUGUGUCUGUGUGAGAGAGUGAGUGUGAGUUACGCAGGUGACUACCCAAUGCGUAGGAAAUUAUGUACAAACUAUACUUAUGAAUAGAGCAAUUUUUUCCUGUACUUAUGAUAUCCUACUAAAUUUUGUUACGUUAUUGUGAUCUUUUAGUGUUAAGUUUGAAGAUUCCUUUGCUAGUUACCUCGUGGUGCGAAUUGGAGCUCCCGGCUUUGGCCACCACCUGCAAUAUCAGUAUUACGCUAAGCUAUGUAGAGGGCGGAGAAAUUGCGCUUCCGUUUCUGAGUGGCCUUCUUUUGUUUUUCGGUAAAGGCGCGCGUCGCAGGCAACCCUCUCCUCUCUUUGCCAUUUGUUGUUGUUUAUGAUUUACUAUCUGUUAGUCACCGAUUUUGUCGAGAUUUACUGCCGUUGUGACAUGUUAUGGUCCGGUAAUGCGCACCGGGGACGUGACCGGUAGACAAAGCUUUCGUCACGAGUGCAGGCCGCGUUUAUGGCCACGAAGCGGGCCAAUGCCAUGCCGGCCAGAGCACUGCCCAGAGCGUGACAGGUCAAGGUGCAUUUAGCCAAUUGAAGCCAGCGGCGCAGAUGCCAUCGGAUUUGCUAUUGUGUAUUUACUCUAUGUUUUAUCUUGUACUUUUUUUUUGUUUUGAAAAGACUGCCUUAACAAUCUCGAUAGCUACUUGUAUUAUAUUUAUUAGAGUAUUGUAUUAUUGUCAUUUUACUUAUAUGAAUAUAUUAUGAUAUAGUUUAUGUGAUGAGGAGGAAAAAAACGAAAUGAAGAGGUGAAUUAUUAAAAUGAAUUC